CUCUGUCUUUUAGCGCACAAAAAGUCCCCCGAGAUACAGCAAUGCGGCCAUCUUGUUGAUGGAGUAGUUGCAAACCCGCUCGGAGAAAAUCAAAACCUCCCGGGCCUUGAACCACACGUUGAGCGGCCUCUGCAGACAGCAACAUCCACUCUGUCCCGCUAGAAUACCUGAGAGAUACAGGACUCCAGAGAGCCAAGAGCCCAUGCUGCGACCUCUCCGUCGGCGAACUCUGCUGCCGUUGCAAGGACCCAGAAAGCCCCGCGUCGGCGUGUGCCUCCCCCACCAUAAUCAUCAUCGCCAGCUCCAAAUCCGACUCCAGCCUCGGACGGCUUUUGCUCCUCUACAUUCUUUUCCCUCCUCCUCCUUCUCUGCCGUAUCUUUCCAUCACUGCUUCUCCUCCUCGUCGCGCAGAAGCUCAGCAAAGAUGGUUGCCGAAGACUUCGAAGCUGUGCUCAAGGGCAAAUACCCUGGCAAGUCGCACGCCCGCCGCGUUGUCGACCUCAUCCGCAAGAAAGACCCCAACGCCAACGGCGUUCUCUAUCUCGAGGGCCGCCACACGAAGCUCCUCGAGGACAACGACUCUCCCGAACCCUUCCGACAGCGCCGCUUCUUCUACUACCUUACCGGCUGCAAUCUCGCCGACUGCUUCUUUACCUACGACAUCCAAUCCUCCAAGUCCACUCUCUUCAUCCCCCCGAUCGACCCUCAUGAUGUCAUCUGGUCCGGCCUGCCCACGACCAUCGACGACGCCCUCAAGCUAUACGACGUGGACGAGGUGAAGCUCACCACCGAGGUCAAUGCCACACUUGCCCACCUCGCGGGCACAAACUCCAACUCGACAAUCUACGCCAUCAAGGACCAGGUGUCAGACCACAUCACCUUCAUCGGCUUUGAGAACAAGGAUUUCGAGCUCCUCAAGCCCGCCAUCGAGGUCUCCCGUGUCGUCAAGGAUGAGUUCGAGGUGGCCAUGAUCCGCAAGGCCAACAGCGUCUCCAGCCUGGCGCACAAGGCUGUCGUCGAGAAGGCGAAGAAGGCGUCCAACGAGAGGGAACUCGAGGCCGUGUUUCUGGAGCGAUGCGUGGCCAACGGCGCCAAGAACAUGGCGUACCAUCCCAUUGUGGCCGGCGGCACUGCUGCGGCGACUCUGCACUACGUUCCCAACGACGCUCCGCUGGCAGGAAAGCAGCUCCUGCUGAUUGAUGCUGGUGCUGAGUGGGAUAACUAUGCCGCUGAUAUCACCAGAACCUUCCCCCUCAACGGCAAGUUCACCAAGGAGGCCCGCGAGAUCUACGACAUUGUCUACAAGAUGCAGCAGGAGUGUAUUGCGGUUAUCAAGGCUGGCAUGCACUGGGAAGACGCCCACAUCUUGGCCCACAAGAUCGCCAUUGACGGCCUGCUAGCUCUGGGCAUCCUCAAGGGCGACAAGGACGAGAUCUUCAACGCCAGAAUCAGCCAGGCUUUCUUCCCCCACGGCCUGGGCCACUACCUUGGCAUGGACACCCACGACACUGGCGGCAACCACAACCGCCAGGACCCCGAUGUCAUCUUCCAGAACCUGCGUCUGCGAGGCCAGGUUCCCGCCGGCGGAGUUGUUACCGUUGAGCCCGGUGUCUACUUUUGCAAAUUCAUCAUCGACCCCUACUUGGAGAACCCCGAGCAGAGCAAGUAUAUCGACUCUUCCGUGCUCGCCAAGUACUGGGAUGUAGGCGGUGUUCGUAUCGAGGACAACAUCCUCGUCACGGAGACCGGCUAUGAGAACCUCACCACUGCCAUCAAAGAGCCCGGCCAGUUGGAGGCCCUCAUGGCAUCUAGCUAGAUGCAGCAAAGCCAAAUAGUUAAAACAAAAGACUGUAAAAUAGCUUAAAAAAAGAACAAACGAAAUGAUAGAAGAAUGAUAUCAAUCUCGCUCCUUGCACACGCUAAUAAACACGAGAUUGCUCCAAGUGCC